UUCCCUUCGGUGGACAAGAUUGUCAUGUGAUUGUGUGGUGCAGACGAUUGAAAAUGAAAACUGUCCCAUUAUUUCCAGUUAUCUGCGUUUUAAUGGCUGCGAGUUUUGAACUUGCCGUUCAAGAGGAGACUGUUAAUAUAGGGGUGAUAGUUGAUUCCACUUCCUGGUCGGGAAAGAUAGCAAAGACUGCCAUCAAGUUAGCGGUGGAAGAUGUCAACAAUCAAUCUCAGCUAUUCAACGGCACUCAAAUGUUUCUUCACCUGCAAGAGGCGCAAACACCAAUUGAAACCCUUUCCGCUGCUGUUGAUCUUUUGGGCAAAGAAGUAGUGGCAUUGAUAGAAACACAGACAUCUGAGGCUGCGCCGUUUGUAUCUGCUCUUGGAGAGGCAGCCAAUGUGCCAAUUAUCUCAUUCUCUGUCACAAGUCCUGCCCUUUCCAACCAGAGAUUCCCUUAUUUUGUUCGCAUGGCACACAGCGAUCGCGUUCAGAUGAAAGCCAUUGCAGCCCUGGUUAAGCAUUACGGUUGGAGAAACAUUGCAUUUCUUCACUCAGACGAUGACUUUGGUUCCGGGGCUAUGUCCGCGUUGCGUGAUGCCCUUCGAGAUCUCAACUCUGAAAUUGUUUACACAUCGAUGAUGCCUUCAACUGCACAGAAACAAACAAUUAGGGAAGAGCUUUAUAAACUCAAGUCAAUUAAAUCAAGUGUUUUUGUUGUUCACACCCCUUGUAAUCUGGGCAUCAAUCUAUUCAUGGAGGCGCAAAAGAUAGGAAUGAUGGAGGCUGGUUAUGUAUGGAUAACAACACACGAGUUUACCAGUCUUUGGGAUUAUGUGGUAAAUGCUUCUACAAUGUCAUCCAUGCAAGGCCUCCUUGGAGUUAAAACACACAUCCCAAAUUCUAAACAGCUGAAUGAUUUCACCGAAAGGUGGGAACGACAAUUUAGACUCGAUAAUCCCAAUAUGAAAAUCAGUGAGCUCAAUGCAUAUGGGUUGUUGGCCUAUGAUACGGUGCUCAUGAUAUCCCAAGCGAUCGGAAAGAUGGAAAGGAACGCAAGGUUAAGUUUUCUGAAACCCUCAAGCAGUCUUGGAGUACUAGGAAAUAACAAAAUCAAGGUAUUCCAGCAAGGUAAGAAGCUUUUGCGGGAGAUUUUCUUAACGAAUUUCACUGGAUUAAGCGGGCUUGUUAGAUUUGAUGAAGGGGAAAUGUACGGUUCUUGUUAUGAGAUAGUGAAUGUGGUGGGAAAAAGCUAUCAAAUAGCUGGGUAUUGGCCUUCUAACUCAUCCAUGUUUCUCAAAGCACUUCCUCCAUCUGUUGGUAAUGAGGGGCUUCGAUCCGUGAUUUGGCCUGGUGGGUCUGUCACGGUUCCUCGCGGUUGGGCAAUACCAAGCAAGCUGAAGAUCGCAGUGCCUGUGACUGGAUGGGAGCAAUUACUCAAUGUCUCGUUUAACCCACAAAGUAAUGAAACUACAAUCAGUGGGUUCAUCAUUGAUGUAUUUCAUGCUGUUGUGAAAACACUUGACUAUCAACUGCAGUAUGAUUUAGUUCCUCUUUAUGGGGGAAGGGCUUCACAUGAUCCAUAUGAACUCGUCCGCCAAGUCUAUCUCAAGAAAUACGACGCCAUUGUGGGUGAUAUUACAAUUACAUCAAACCGGAGUGAAAUUGUUGAUUUCACACAACCAUUCACGUUAACAGGUUUAGUGAUCGUAGCUCCCACGGCCAUUAAGGAUGAAGCUAACAACGCUUGGACAUUCUUACAACCAUUCAGUCCAGCACUGUGGGCUACAACGGCGGCGUUUGUUUUAUAUACAGGAGUAGUGGUGUGGCUGCUUGAGCAUAAAACAAAUCCCGACUUUAGAGGAAGUCCCAUUACCCAAGUGGUCACUCUGAUUUGGUUUGCAUUUUCUGCCGUGUUUUACGCUCACCGAGAGAGAAUCCAUAACAAUUUGACUCGAAUAGUUAUUGUAGCGUGGCUGUUCGUGGCGUUGGUUUUAACGUCCAGCUAUACAGCUAAUCUCAGCUCGAGACUGACAGCCCAACAAAUUGCACCACUCAUAAAUGGCCUUGGUGAGUAUAAACUGGGUUAUCACGGUUCGUAUGCCGGAAGUUUUCUAAGGGGCAAAUUGGGAAUAGCCGAUAAACAACUGGACCAAACUUCAUCUCCACGGGCGUAUGAGGAGGCGCUGUCAAAAGGGGCAAAGAAUGGGGGCGUAGAUGCCAUUAUAGAUGAGAUACCAUAUGUUCGUGCUUUUCUUUCUGGCCGAUGCGGUUAUUCAAUGGUGGGGCGCACAUACCGAAAUGGAGGCUUUGGUUUUGUUUUUAAUAAAGAUUCUUCUUUAGUGCAAGACUUUUCUAAAGGGAUUUUAAAUCUUCAAGAUAGCGGUGAGCUUCAAGAGAUUGAAGACAAGUAUUUCAAAGACUCUACGAAUACAUGUUCUAAUUUUCAAGAAUAUGCAACAAGACUAGAUGUGGUAAGCUUCAAGGGACUCUACCUAAUCACAGGAAUGGUAUCAUCUUUGGCUUUAAUCAUAUUCCUUUUUCAAGCCCUAUACAAUUACACCAAAGGUGCCAUGCUUUCAAGACAAGAGAUUAGCAUAUGGGAAUAUAUCAAAUCUUUUCCUAUGUAUUUACAUCAUGAGUCCAUCAAAUAGAGAGUUCAGAUGAAUAUCAUCAAUAGAUAUUAGUAUUGUGGAUGACAUAACCAAAAAGUUGUGGUUCCAACAUCCUUGUUGGAAAUCAACAAAUAUUAAAAAUAGCAGCGUCUAGCCAAAUGCAAACAUAAAUGAGAAAACAUGGAUAUGAACUACUUGUGAGACAUGCACAUUAAGUUAGGUGAAAACUUAUAUAUAUUAUAUUCUUACAAUAGAAUUGUGGACAUCUAUUUGGCCAACUUUUCAUAAUUUAUGUCCAAAUUUUAUUUCAAAUUUUUCAAAACAAUUAAUUAAUAAAUUUAUUUUACAAAAUUAUAAUCUUAAUGUAACCAAUAAACUUUGAAGUAUAUCCUGAGAUCUUUUUGGCUCAAACAACCUUAGUCUAUAAUUGUUUGAGACUAGUAUAUUCUGGGAUUUUAUCAUAGUCCAUGACUUCUAUUAAACUUCUUGGACUCAGUUAACCUUAAACUUGUAUUAACCAAUAGGCUAUAUCUGUUGAGAAAGACCACCGGAAACAUCAUGUCUCACGCCAGUUUCCGGUGGCCAAAAAUUUCCUUUUUCCAUUUGCUUAAUUUACCCAUCUCCGUAUCUGAGGCAUGUCAGUAGACAUGACUAUUGCGGUCAACUUGUGAGCAGACCUUCUGCCUACCUACUAUUAAUGUUCAUGAGCUGCUGCCUACCUACUAUUAACGCCCCAGCCGCUUAAAUUUCCUGCUUGUUUCAGCCAUUAGCUAAAAUGGACGCAUAAAUGUGCUUUUAUAGGUCGAUCAACCUGCCUUAGGAGGCAAAAAUAUUGUGAACUUUAACUGGAGUCUGAAACCCCUUUCUGAGCGAGCAAGAUGUCUUCUCGUGGAAUUUCGUUUUAGCCAACACACUCCAAGCCUAUGCCAAAUUAAGAGCUUUGGAAUAGGGUAUGGAAAUCCAUCAACGCAUAAAGGGGAGCAGAUUUUUGUUAGAUGAUAUAGUUGGAAUUGCCCUGGUACAUAUGCUAAUAUGGAAGCAUAUACAAGGCGCAUGAAUUGUUUAAUAAAAUGGCUCGAAAAAACGUUGUCUCAUGGAUUGAAAUGGUGGCAGGAUAUCCAAAGAAUGGUGUUCACGAGGCUUUAAGACUUUUCAAAGAAAUGCCUCAAAUAAAUGGGUUUGUUGAAACGGCCUUUGAAACUCUUAAGAAAAUGCAAUUGGCAGGUGUGACAACAGUCUCCAUAACCUUUGCCAGCAUUCUAUCAGCUUGCGGCAAAGUGGGAUCUCUGGAAUAGGGAAUGAACAUCCAUCAAAGAAUAUUCGAAAGUAAAUUUUCAUCUGAUGUUGUAGUUACAAAUGCAAUGAUAGAUAUGUAUGAAAAAUGUGGAAGCAUACGCAAGGCAUAUACAUAGAAUAUAUCUGUUGAAAAGAUAUACAUCGAAUGGAUCUGUUGAAAAGGAUUUAGAAACUCUCAAGCAAAUGCAAUUGGCAGGCGUGAAAUAAAAUUCUACAACCUUUGCUGAAAUCCUUUCUGCCUGUGCCAAAACGACAGCUUUGGAGGAGGGCAUGGACAUCCAUCAAAGCAUAGGAAAAAUAUUAUAUGUUGUAGUUGCAACUCCCUUGGUAGACGUAUGCAAAAUGUGGAAGCAUCCUCCCUACCUGUGUCAAAUUGGGAGCUUUGGAACAGGGUAUGGACAAAGGAUAGAUGAAUUUUGUCAGGCAUGUAAACUGUUUGACAAAAUGCUUCAAAGAUA